UCGAGAAAACAGAACGGAAAAUGGGAGAUGGAAUUAUGGAAAACAUUUUUACUUCGUUCUUCAAUGGCGCAUUCUCCAGUCCAAGCAUCGCUCUCGUCCUCCUCGGCUUCCAACCGGAUGCGUACUUUGAUUUACUCUUUUCCAGUCAUAUCCAAAAGGAUAGAAUCUGUUAAAUUUUCCUGGAGUGCAAGCAGUACAGUGGUAUGCGCUGCAAAAGGUCCACGGCCGAGAUAUCCUCGGGUUUGGAAAACCCGAAAGAGAAUUGGAACCAUAUCCAAGGCAGCAAAGCUUGUUGAUUGUGUCAAGGGACUGUCUAACGUCAAAGAGGAAGUUUAUGGGGCUCUUGAUUCCUUCAUAGCCUGGGAACUAGAGUUUCCUCUUAUUACUGUAAAGAAGGCCCUGAAGACCUUAGAGAUUCAAAGAGAAUGGAAGAGGAUAAUCCAGUUGACAAAAUGGAUGUUAAGUAAAGGCCAAGGAAGAACAAUGGGAAGCUAUUUCACAUUACUAAAUGCCUUAGCUGAAGAUGGAAGACUCGAUGAAGCCGAAGAGCUUUGGAACAAAUUGUUUUCUCAGUAUCUGGAGAGCAUGCCUCGGAUGUUCUUUCAUAAAAUGAUAUCCCUCUAUUAUGACCAGGGCAUGCACGACAAGUUAUUCGAGGUAUUUGCUGACAUGGAAGAACUUGGAGUUCAACCAAAUACGGAAAUUGUCACUAUGAUAGGAAAUGUCUUCCAAGAGUUGGGUAUGUUUGAUAAAUAUGAAAAGCUGAAGAAGAAAUAUCCUCCACUAAAAUGGGAGUAUCGAUACGUUAAAGGAAAGCGUGUAAGAAUACGAGCGAAGUACCUGAACGAAUAUGGUAAUUCCAACAAUGGUUCAAGUGAGCUGGACCAAAAAGAUGACAGUUCAAUCAAACUACUGGAGGAAGCUGAAACAGUUUCUAAGGAUUCUAGUCUUGAAGAUGAGGAAAUGAGGGAAGACCCAGAUGAAAUAUUGGAAGAUGAAAGUAAGUUGGAGGCACCCGAUUUUGAAUACAAUUUCAUGGGGUAUGGGCGAUUGUAAAUAUACAUAUUUCUCAUAUGAAAAAUCGCCCUCAAUUUGUAGUGUAGACUUCUAAUAAGAUUUUUGUAAUUUGAACAGAUCAUAGAGCCAAUUCUCUUUAUUUCAGCCUUCAAUAUUAUAAUGCUCGAUCGAGCGUAUGACCUAGGCUUAUGAUAAACAAGAUGAAUCCAGGAGUUGUAUCAA